AUAUGCCACCCGCACUUGCUGCACACCACGAACCAUAGACGCUCGCACCCCCCUCGCUUCGAUGGAGACUAUAUAUUGAAUAUGUGAUAAAAAUAUCUUGUCACCUGAAUCAUUUAUACGGGCCAUCAAGAGGUCAGUCGCAUAAAAAUUUGGUUGCCCUAUAUACUACUAAUUAGCACGGGACCGGUACAUGUGCAUGGUGCAGAUUGACCGCAGCAUGCAUCUCCUCGCUUGCAUAUCUUUAUUUCCUUAACUAAGGCUAAGUUGGCUUAUUUUAUUUCCUUGCUAAGGCUGAGUUGGCCUUUUCUUUCCGUUUAAUGUUUUCCCUUUUAAUUAUUUUUCUAGAUAUAUAAUAUUUUCGUUUUCCCUUUCUUUUUGAUUAUUCUAAUUCUUAUGUAUAUAUUCUUGGUUUAUUUCAUAAUUCAUAUCAUCAAUCUUUGUAUUUAUAUUAAUAAACACAUAACCGACUUUUCCAUGAUGAAAUUAUUUAGAAGAGAAAUUCAAUGUUAAACUAUAAUUUCAUUUUCUUUUCUUCUCCUUUGUUUUCCAUUAUUUUUCUAUUUUAACGGAUGAAAAUAAUAUUAUAUGCCAGUAUUAUUUGUUCCAAGUGUAUAAUUUUCUAUUCAGUGAGUUCAUAUAAUUUGUUCUAGGUUUAUAAACACUUGUUCUGUGGGUUCUGCAAUUUGUUCAAGGUAUAUAGAUCUUUUGUUCUGUGAGUACAUAUAAUAUGUUCAAUGUGUACAACUAUUUUGUUCCGUGAGUUCAUAUAGUUUGUUCCAGGUGUUGAACUUUUUUUCUAUGACUACAUACAAUUUUUUCAAUGCAUAGAUAUGUUUUGUUCCUUAAAUUCGUAUAAUUUGUUCAGAUGUACAUAUCUAAGAUUUUUUUGAAAAUGAUUAAAAAGUAGUGAUAAAUAAAAUUCUUUCAAAUAUAGUUAAGUGGGAUCAUGUUUUGAAGGUUUUAUUUUUAAAAAUCCAAUGGUGCAAUCGAAAUUUAAUUUGGAUGUUUCAUUUGAGAUUUAUAGUUUUUUAAGUGUGAAACCUUCCUUUGCAUGUGGGAUGACAUCAUCAAUCAGAUGCAAGCAAUUCUCUCUCCCUGAGUUGACACUGUUGCAUGUGUAUAACACCUUUUUAAUCAAAUGUUCGUGAUGCUCAAUCUUUUUGUUCGCAUUAUAUCAUUUUUUGUUCAUCUUGUUUAAUUCUUUGACUGCAGAAAAUAAUUAUAUUUUGACCGCAGAGUUAUAGCUUUUUAAAUUCCAGAUUUGGAUGCUCAUGGGAUGAUGUCAUCAAUUCUGUCUUUCUUGCAUGCAUGAACCGAUACGCGAAAACAGUCCAGCCAAUAACAUCCUCCCGUCCAACUAAUUAUUGGGCUAAAAAUGCGGCCCAUUAACUCAAGAGGACGCGCUAAUUAUAAGGUGACAAAUGCAGAUUUGUCACCUCUAGCAACGUAUAACCGCGCCCCUCACUUGCCCUUCUUGCCUUCGAACGCGGGGACCUGCUGCUGCUUCUUGUCGCCGCUGCUCACUAACGGCGGCAACAAGUAGAUGAGGCGGCCCUCUUUGUGGAGCGCGAGCACCUGUGCCACGCCGCCGACGUCGCGGCUCCGCAUGGAGUGUCACGAGGCACGGUCUUCUACCCGAUCGUCGUUGUUGCUGUCUCGUCAAUGACCACCAUAGCACCGCUGUCAGAUUUGGGCAAGGUGUGGUAGCUACGAUUGGUAUGACGAGGAGCGUGGCGGUGGUAGCAGCCAUGGCGCAUGUACGAGCGCAGGGCAGCCAUGGCGCAUGGUGCUCACAAGGUGCUCAACGAAAUGUCAGAGGGUGAGGAGAUGUCCGGUCAGCGUGCCAUGUCAUCGCUGAGUGCCCACGUAGAGGGGUAUGGAUCCUAUUAGCAUAACUUAAAUAGUUUAUGAACCUAAAAAUGCACUUUUUAAGUUUGUGGACCUAAAUGACAAUCCGUUACCGGUUAAAGGAUCCAUGAUGCAUUUUAUUCUUCUCUUUAUGACAUGGUGCUAACAGGUACACGUGUAUAGAAAGCAUGUUUCGUAUAAGCGCCUGUUGUGUUGUGUGCAACCAACCACUCAGUGUAAGCGUAAUCUAACCGUAUUUUCCAUUUGCUUGGAAUGCUCGUCCCGCUCGUCUGAUCAGAUCAGACACCUGGAAUUUCAGUUUUGAAACUCGAAAGUCGAAACCUCAACUACUUCCACAAUUUCAGAUCCCGGCAGCUGUUUUCAAAUUCAUCGGUACAGCUCGUUUGAAUUUGUCUCCUUGCAGUAAUAAAAAAUUCGAAAAACGGCUCUCAGUAAUUCUGGUUGGUUGGUUGGGCUCUCCUAUCCUAUCAAUAUCAACCGCGUUGCCUCCUCGAGACCGUCCAUUCCUCUGGACGGCUCGGAUGAACGGUGGGGCGCUGUAGGGGAUGUCGCUCGGCUUGGAUGACACAGGUCACGAGCGCAGCAGUGGUGUGGGUAGCACAGCUGCUGUGCCUGGUUCUUGUAUAUAGCUAGCUGCUGCCCCUUUUCACUCGUCUUGCAGGACACACAAGCAGAGGAGGGAGAAGCCUUGUCACUUGUCAGCUUGUUCACACUCCACAGGCCACGCAGAACAUAAGGAGAGGAGAGCUUCACCAGGGGGCGCUUCCCAGCUUCCUGCCCUGCAAGGAGGGAGGAAGAAUGGCGGUCUCUCCGUAGCUGCCCCUGCCUCCUCCAAUCCGCUGCGCGGCUGCGUCGAAAACACACUGACUCCAACACGACGCCCUCGGUCUGUGUAAAGUUAACCCUACUACUACUGCUCCCCUACAACAUGCCGGGACCGGGCACCGGCACGGCCACGGGCGUCUCAUCGGUCCGGCCUCGUGGACUGCAGCCAUCCCAUGUUACAGCGACAACGCCUCGCCUGCCGUGACGUCCGGUCGCGUCCUGCAAGGUGUGGCUUGUGUCAGGCACUCCGGCGGCAUCGGCUGGAAGCAGCAGGGCAAAGCGACGCUGCUGCAAUCGGGGCAGAGCACGAGAAAGGGCAGCGUCACAGGCUGCGAGCGCAGCGCAGGGGGAGUAGUAUGGUGGUGGUGGAGGUGGACUCGGCGGAGCAUGCUGCUGCUGCAUCGGCAACGGCAGCGGCGCCUGCGGUGAUGAGCUGCCGCCCGCCCUGGCUGCAAGCGGCUAUCGCAGACAUCGAGCAGCGGGUGCGCGCGCUGGGCGUGGACGCCGAGGCCGCCACGGCGGAGCACUCAUUCGCGGAGCGCGCCGAGAACUACUACCAGAAGCGGCCGCAGCUGCUGGCGCUCCUCACUGACCUCCACCACCGCUACCUCUGCCUCGCCGACCGCUACGCCCAGACCCUCCACGCCAAGCACCACGCCGCCGCCGUCUCCGACUGCUCCUCCGACGUCGACGACCGCUGCUCCGACGCCGACAGCUCCCUCUCCUUCCAGCCGCUGCCGCCUGAGGGAACCAUCACCGCCGGCGGGGACCCCGAGCUGAUCGUGGCGGAGCUGGUGCUGGCGUGGGUGGACCGCGAGGUCCUGGCGGACGAGGCCGAGCGCCGACGCGCGGAGGCGGCGCGGAAGAUCGAGCUGCAGGGGAGCCUGGUGGAGGUGCUCGAGUCGGAGCGCCUCGUGCUGCUGGGCGAGAACGCGCGCCUGGCGUUCCGCGCGUCGGCGGCCGAGGAGGAGGCCGCUGCGGCCGCUGCCGAGCUGGGCUACACGCGCCGCCGGGCGGCGGAGAUGGCGCGGCUGGUGGUGAAGCUGCGCGAGGACCACCGCGUCUGCAUGCUGGGCCGCAAAAUCGAGGCGCUGCAGGCGCAGGUGUACGGGCUGGAGCUCCGCAACCGCGAGUGCCACGAGGCCAUGGCCAAGUGGGAGGCCGACCGCAAGGCCGGCGCCGCAGAGAUCCAGAGGCUGCGCGCCGAGAACAGGCGCUUGGCAGAGGAGGCCGCGGUCGCGGCGGCGGCGACGGCGCGGCGCAAGGGGAAAGGUAGUGGCGGCGGGUGGUGGUGGUGGUCGAGGGUGCGGAUGGCGGCGGAGUGGACGCCCUGCGCUCCGGCGACGGCGGCCACCGUGAGGAAGGUCGGCCAGCAGAUCAAAGGGAAGGACGGCAAGUACUACGGCGGCGGAUGCUUGUGCAUCUAAGCCGUCGGCGCCCUCCGUCGUUCUCGGCGAGGCCUUGGGUUUUUUGGGAUGUUCAUUUACCCCUUGGGUUCUAGUGAUAUCAUCAUAAUAUCCAGUCCGGGGAGAUUGGAGGACCUAACAGUGAUGGUAGUGGUUUGUGAAGCGGGCAAGUAUAUAUAAUGACGUGUAGUAACUGGUGUACCGUAUUCCAUCGUACUACGUUGUUGUAUGACAUGAUGCUUAGUACGUGUCUAGUACAAUACACAUGUAGCAGA